GCACCUGACCUACAGCAAAACGGCCCACAGCAGGAUAGCACCGGGUCGCUAGAAAGAUCGAGCCCUCAGGCUCCCAGUCCGGCCGCGUCAAGAGCGCCGUCUUGCAUAAUGGUGGCCACUACCCCCGAGGCAGAGGAGGAACCCGAGCACCCAAGACCCGGGUCCCCAAGGAAGCGCCGCAUCGUCCUGAUCACGCGUCCCCACGAUCACGGGCACGAGUAGGCGCCCGCGAGCACGAAGAUGUGAGAAAAAGACCCUCAGGGUCUUUCAAGCCAACGUCGGCAAGGUUCCCCCGGUCCACGACUGUGCCCUUGCAUUGGCAGACUCUGAACGAUACGACAUCGUGCUCCUCCAAGAACCAUGGACGACAACGGCAAACUCCCGCUGCCUCACGAAGACCUAUCCUGCAUACGACACCUACUCUCCAGUCGAAGCCUGGAACAGCAAUUCCACUCGACCUAGAGUCAUGACAUACGUCCGCCGAGACUCUAAGCUCUCGGCAGAUCAGAAUCGACCAUACCAAAGCCGCGAUAUCCUGUGGCUUACGGUCAACGAUACAAUAAUAGUCAACUUCUAUCGCCAGAACGACGAAAGAGAUGCGCUGGAUACUUUGCUGCAAUGGCCGAUCCGUGAUCGCUGCCUCGUGGCAGGCGACUUCAACGCUAGACAUCAUACAUGGCAGACAGGCCCAACUACGAACCGCGGCCACGAGAUUGCCUCCUGGGCAUUGGAAAAUGGCCUCGGCCUGCUGAACACUCCAGACAUCCCCACAAACCCGCAUGGAAACACCAUCGACCUCGCCUUUUCGAAUGUACCUCUCGCUGAAGCUAAUGUCGAGGACCACCUUGCCCAUCCAGACUUGCCUAUCCUGAUAUCAUAUCCGAUAUGAUAAAUUAUCCUGAUAUCAGGAUAACACACUAUCCUGAUAUGAUAUCGGCUUAGCAGGAUAGCAGAGAUGAUAUCACGCUAGCAGCUCUAGCAGCGAUGAUAUCACGCUAGCAGCUUUACAGAGAUGAUAACAACAGAU